UAAAUUUAGCCAAAGGCGUAAAUGACGUUAUCCUCUGUUAAUUAAUAAAACGGCUAGUAUUUUACAAAUAAUUUGUUAGUAAACAUUUAUAAGUGGUAUAGCCGCGACCGGUAUUUAAAACAGUUUUUACAUCCUUGCAUCAACUUUAACAAUGGCAAAUUAUUUAUUAAUUGUUGUCUUAACAACAAUUCUUAUUGUAAGCAUUUAUGCACAAUGUCCUCCAUCCAGUCAAAUGUUAAAUUGUAGUCCAACGUGUAUUGCUGAUUCAGAAUGUUCACCAGGACAAAAAUGUUGUCCAAAUAUUUGUAAUGCAAAAUCUUGUUCUCAACCAAGUAUUAAAGAUAAGAAUUCAGGAUAUAAAGCUGGCUCAUCAAAUUAUUUAUUAAUUGUUGUUUUAACAACAAUGCUUAUUGUAAAUAUUUAUGCACAAUGUCCUCCAUCCAAUCAAAUGUUAAAUUGUAGUCCAAAGUGUAUUGCUGAUUCAGAAUGUUCACCAGGCCAAAAAUGUUGUCCAAAUAUUUGUAAUACAAAAUCUUGUUCUCAACCAAGUAUUAGAGAUAGGAAUCCAGGAUAUAAAACAAGAAUAUCUGGUGGAACUGGAACCUAUUGUGGAAACACUAAAUGUAAUUCCUUUGAAAAAUGUGGAGAAGAUCCAAUAACAAGAAAACCAAAAUGUGUCCGUGCAUAACGUGAAUUGAUUGAUAAUUUUGAUUAAUUUUAAAAUAAAAAGUUUACAUUUAAA